UGGCGGAGGGAUGAUAAUCCGGCUCCAACACAGCUGCACUCGCCUGCCUCGAUUUCUCCUUGCGCUGCUCUUAGGCGCGUUACGGCUUUUUAAGUAAAGCAGAAGGGCGUGAGGACAGCGGCGGAGUGUCGGAAUGCGGAGCGGCCGCCGGGGUCGAGGAUGCUGAGUGCGGACUGUGGAGGAGCCGAGGCGCGUCUGCAGCUCUGCUCUCCGUCGCAUCUGCACCGGGUCGCGGUUUGAGAAUUGGGAGCAUCUUCCGAGUCUUUGUGCGCCUCCCCGCGCGCGCUCGGACAUGAGACCCGGGGAGGCUGCGGAUGCGUGACCGGAACCGUCCGUGAAUCUGUGGCACCGAGCCGAGCCCGGGACUUUUUUUUUUUACAUGGCUUUCGUGUUCCGAAGAUGGAGGCUUCUGCUGGUGCUGAACGUGAUGGCGGUGGCGGGGUUCGUCACCUUUUGGGCCAAAUGCAACUCACGCAGCGUCCAAGCGGUCGGUCCGCUUCUGGUUCCGCUGGACCGCAGGAGGCCUCCGAGCAACGGGACGGUACCGGGGUCCAACAUUAGUCACGAGCUGCUGCUGAAGAGGCUCAGCUCGCUGGAGGACGUGGUGUACCGGCAGCUCAACGGCCUGUCCAAGUCUCUGGGUCUGAUCGAAGGGUUCGGGGGUCGUGGUAAAGGGGGCACGGCUGCCACGCUGUCGCCGGCCGAGGAGAGCAACGCCAAAUACUUGCGGGAGAAAUACGGCUACAACGCCUUCCUCAGCGACCGGAUCUCUCUGGACAGAACCAUCCCGGACCACAGACCCAGCAAGUGCAUAAAGGUCAACUUCCCCCGUGACCUUCCUCAAAUAUCCCUCAUCUUCAUCUUCGUCAACGAGGCUCUGUCGGUGAUCCUACGCUCGGUGCACUCGGCUGUCAAUCACACGCCGGCUCACCUGCUGAAGGAGAUCAUCCUGGUGGACGACCACAGCGACGACGAGCAGCUGAAAGGUCCACUCGAGGAGUAUGUCAACAAGCGCUACCCAGGCCUGGUGAAGAUCGUUCGGAACCAGAAGAGAGAAGGACUGAUCCGGGCCAGAAUCGAAGGUUGGAAGGCAGCCACGGCUGAGGUCACGGGCUUUUUCGAUGCCCAUGUCGAAUUCACGCCGUCCUGGGCCGAGCCGGUUCUGGCCAGACUCAAGGAGGACCACAAGAGGAUCAUCCUGCCCUCCAUCGACAACAUCAAGCACGACACCUUUGAAGUGGAGCGCUACGAGAACUCGGGUCACGGAUACAACUGGGAGCUGUGGUGCAUGUACAUCAACCCCCCCAAGCAGUGGUGGGAGGAGGGGGACAUGACUGCCCCCAUCAGAACUCCCGCCAUGAUCGGCUGCUCCUUCGUGGCCAACAGAGCCUACUUCGGGGAGCUGGGCUUGCUGGACUCUGGCAUGGACGUGUACGGAGGCGAGAAUAUCGAGCUGGGCAUCAGGGUGUGGCUGUGUGGGGGCAGUAUGGAGGUGCUGCCUUGCUCCAGGGUCGCACACAUCGCCCGCAUGAAGAAGCCCUACCACAGCAACAUCGCCUUCCACAUGCGGCGCAACGCCCUGCGGGUGGCCGAGGUCUGGAUGGACGAGUACAAGUCCAACGUCUACCUGGCGUGGAACAUCCCGAUGGAGAACCACAGUAUCGAUUUCGGAGACGUCUCCCAGCGGGUGGCGCUGAGGAAGAGUCUGCAGUGUAAGAGCUUCCAGUGGUACCUGGACAACGUCUACCCCGAGAUGAGGAGAUACAACAACACGCUGUACUACGGGGAGAUCCGUAACUCCAAAGCGAGCCACUUGUGCAUGGACCAGGGAGUGAAGGAGAACCACACGGCCACCCUGCACCCGUGUCACGGCUGGGGCCCACAGCUGGGCCGCUUCACCUCGGAGGGUCAGCUGUACCUGGGACCUCUGGGCAGCACCGGGGACGACACUCGCUGCGUGGUGGACGACCAGAGCGGCAGCUUCCCUCAGAUGGUCAACUGUGACAAGGUGACUGACGAAAAGCAGAAGAGCUGGACGUUCUCUCAGGGCCACUCGUUCAUCAACCGGGCCUCAGGUCGGUGUCUGGAGGUGAUCCCGGCCAACGUUUACUUCGGCUACCUGCUGGUGCUGCAGUCAUGUUCGGGUCAGAGGUGGACCAUCAAGAACACUAUGAGGCACUAGGUCCGGCCCGCCACAGAUCCAGGAACUCGAUGAUGCAACAUCCGAAUCAGGUCACAUGACCUAUCAGAGUCUUACCCGCCAUGGAUGAUGUCAUCGCGUGCGAUUGACGGCUCCAGCGCAUCUUCACGUCCAUUCUCCUCAACUGUCAGUGACCUCCCGUGACCUCUCAUGACCCGGUGUGACAUCAUCAAAGGGCCGCCAUGUUUUGUAAGACUCGUGUCGAUGUCCCCCUCGCUGUAGAUGCAUGAUUGUACUGGGAUCACAGGGAGGAAGUGUUUCUGUGCUGACCAUGAUGUCAUUUUUUAUUCUGCAUCAGCUCCAUUCUGAGUCUUCCGAUUAAAGAAACAGCUGGUUGAUGUUCAGCGUCCCACUUUGAUGUAAAGAAGAAGAACACUGGGGUGGAAGGGAAGCUCCAGAGAGGCGCUUUUAUCCUCCACUCGAUGACGCACUCAGAUCGCUUCUCUCUGCUGCUGGGGUCUGAUCCGCCACUCCACAUUAAAAUAAAAUAAAAUAAAAUAAAAUAACAAAAGCUUACCACAAUUCCAACAGUCUGACGGCCGAGGGGAAGACGCUGUUCCUGUGACGGGAGGUUCUGGUCUGGAUGGACCGCAGCCUCCAGCCAGAGGGAAGAGGAACAAACAGUCCAUGUCCA